AUGGCGAGUAUCCAGCUCUACGUCGCCGCGGCCUGCGCCGUCGUCCUCGCGCUGGCCGCCCCGGCUCUCGGCGGCGACCCCGACAUGCUCCAGGGGACGUCUGCGUCGCUGACUACGCCUCCCAACCCGCCGCACACGCACCCGCGCGCCACCGAGAUCAUCUUCGUCCUCGAGGGCACGCUCGAGGUCGGCUUCAUCACCACCGCCAACAUGCUCUUCACCAAGAGCCUCACCAUGGGGGACGUCUUCGUCUUCCCGCGCGGCCUCGUCCACUUCCAGCAGAACAGGGGGUACGGCCCCGCCGCCGUCGUCGCCGCCUUCAACAGCCAGCUCCAGGGCACGCAGCAAAUCGCCAUGACGCUCUUCGGCGCCAUGCCGCCCGUGCCCACCGACAUCCUCGCCAAGGCCUUCCGGAUCGGCAACGGGGAGGUGGAGCACAUCAAGGCAAACUUCGCGCCCAUGUAG